AUCCGAUAACAGUUAUCAUAUAAAAGUAACCAAUAUCACCUCACCAUCAUCCAGUUAGUAGAACGCAACACAAUGGCACGCUUGGCUUGGGCUGUCCUUCUCUUGGCCGCUUGGUGUUCGGCCACUGAAGCUAACCGCAUCGUGGGUGGCAACCCUGUGUCCAUCGAGAAGCAUCCUUUCGUUGUUCAAGUGGAGAAUUGGAAGUUAUUCGCCAUCUGGACUCAGCGAUGCGCCGCUAACAUUCUAACCACUAGAUAUGUGGUGAGCGCCGCUUCCUGCUUUAGGGAAUCUCUCGCGCCUCCUCAGACCCGUCGUAUCAGGGCUGGCAGUACCUUCCGCAACACCGGUGGCGUCAUCCAUAACGUCGAGCGCAUCAUCAACCAUCCAUCCUUCGGACAAAACGGUUUCGAUGGUGAUAUCUCCGUCGUCAGGCUGGAGACUCCUCUCGUGUACUCCAAUAGCAUUGCCCAAGCCACCAUCAUCGGUCAGGGAGCUGCCAUUCCCGACAAUCUUGAAGUUGUUCACGCCGGUUGGGGCAGACCUUCAUUCUUCGGUGAACGUGCCGAAUACUUAACUGACGUAACCGUAAGAACGAUCAACAACGCGGAGUGCGCUCGCCGCUACCUCAACUGGCCGCGACCUCAGACCGUCACCUCCAACAUGAUCUGUGCCGGCUUCCUGGACGGCGCUGGUGACGGUACCUGCUUCGGCGACGCCGGUGGUCCCCUCCUCUACACUAAUAUCGUCGUCGGUCUCUCGUCUUGGGGCACAACAUGUGCCAACGGAACCUACCCUGAUGUCAGCACCUUUGUCGGCUCCUACACCAACUGGAUCGUGGAGACUGCUUGGUCACCAAUUAAUUAUUUUUUGUCAGCAAAGAUGUCGCUGUUGUCUAUCCUUAUUGUGUAUAUCACAGCGGUGGCGUGUUCUGCUGCCCAAGUGAAUAGAAUUGUUGGUGGUGAACCCACAACCAUUGAGAAGUAUCCAAUUAUUGUACAAGUGGAACAUUUGAUUGGUGUAAAUGUGUUCUCUCAAAUAUGCGGUGGCAGUGUGCUGACAAGACGAACUAUACUAUCAGCAGCUCAUUGCUUUGAUGUCAGUCCUACAUCUCAGCAACGCUAUCGCAUUAGAGCUGGCAGUUCUUAUCGCAAUGUUGGUGGAAUCAUCAGACAAGUUGCUAUCAUCUUCAAUCACCCGACUUGGGGUCUGAACGACUACGACGGAGAUGCUACUCUGCUUUUCCUAGAGAAUCCAUUGGAGUACACUGAUGUUAUCAAACAAGCGACUAUAGUGGCAAGUGGGUUUGUCGCACCUGAUAACUUACCUAUCACUCAUAUAGGUUGGGGAAUGACUGCGUUCCCCGGCGACCGGGCAGAAGUUCUUCAAGAAGUCAGCGUGUUCUCUAUCAAUAAUGAUCUGUGUCGUGAGAGAUACGAAGCUAAUGACCCUCCUAGAGUGGUCACCACCAACAUGAUCUGUGCUGGUAUCCUUGAUGUUGGGGGUAAAGGUCCUUGCUGGGGGGACUCUGGAAGCCCUGUGUUCUAUGAAAAUAUUGUGAUUGGAAUCGUUGCGUGGGGUGAAGGAUGUGCUAACAAGACCACGCCCGGAGUAAAUACCGCUGUGUCGUCAUAUACUGACUGGAUUGUUGAAAAUGCUGUUUAAAAUUUAAAUAUAAUA